UUUUUAUUAUAUCGACGUCAAUCGAGGGAUCGCUAUUUAAAUACUCAUAAAAAAAAUUCAAUAAGCAACAUGGGAAGACAUCAAUAGUGCUUUCUUCAACUAUAAAUACCAGCACACCCAGGCUCCCAUCUCCACCACAGCCAACCAACCACCACCACCUUCUACACCUCAUACUCUACUCCUGCCAAUUCCAAUUUGCAAUGGAGACCAUCCCAUGGGCCACAUACUUGGCAACCAUAUUGGCAUCCAUCCUCCUCCUCAAAACUCUUUUACGCAGCCAUCGACCUAGGCUAACCCUUCCCCCAGGGCCAAAGCCGUGGCCCAUCAUCGGCAACCUCAACCUCAUCGGCGCCCUCCCCCACCGCUCCAUCCACGCCCUCGCCCAAAAGUACGGCCCCAUCAUGCAGCUCCGCUUCGGUUCCGUCCCCAUCGUCGUCGCCUCCUCCGUCGACAUGGUAAAACUCUUCUUAAAAACCCACGACCUCAACUUCGCCUCCCGCCCCAAGUUGGCCGCCGGCAAGUACACCACCUUCAACUACUCCGACAUCACUUGGUCCCCCUAUGGCCCCUACUGGCGCCAAGCUCGCAAGAUGUGCAUCAUGGAGCUCUUCAGUGCCAAACGACUCGACUCCUAUGAGUACAUAAGAGCCGAGGAGAUGCGGUUGCUCCUCCGCGGCCUCCACCAGGCCUCCGGGAGGACCAUCACCCUGAAAGACUAUCUCUCCACUGUUAGUCUUGAUGUUAUAAGUAGGAUGGUGCUGGGGAAGAAGUACUUGGAUGAGUCGGAGUCGGAGUCGGCGGAGGAGUUCAGGAAGAUGAUAGAAGAGCUCUUCUUGCUUAAUGGGGUGGUGAACAUUGGGGACUAUAUACCCUGGUUGGACUUCUUGGACUUGCAAGGGUACAUCAAGAGGAUGAAGGAGCUUAGCAAGAAGUUUGAUAAUUUUCUCGAGCAUGUACUCGAUGAGCAUAAAGAGAGGAUGCUAAGGGAGGGGGAGGGUUUUGUGGCCAAAGAUAUGGUGGAUGUGCUCUUGCAGCAAGCCGAGGAUCCAAGUUUGGAAGUCAAGAUCGAGAGGCAUGGCGUCAAGGCCUUCACUCAGGUAAAGUUUUCCCUUUCUUUGUUUUCUUCCUUGUUUGUGUUUUUUUUUUAAGUCCAAUUGACCGUUUGAGGAGCAGCGUCUUGGAAUGAACUUACCUAAUAACAUGCCUGCACUCCUGAGCCACCCUCUCAUUCGGACAACUCAGAGGGCCAAGCACAAAAAGGUUUGUUGCUGUGCCUCCCCUGAAAUAAAAAAAAAAAGAAAAAGAAAAUCAUAAUAUCCAAAAGAUUUGAUUUACGAUUAAUCAACAUCCGUUCAGCGGCCAAUUCAUCCAUUCAACAUGGCAAUCAUCAGAAGUAGAUACAGUUUGUGAUGGAAACUAAUUUUUUGCUAACUCAUGAGGAUAACAUUUAACUUUGUCUGACAAGCACAGGACAAUUUGUCCCCGUCUCGUGCCAUGUCACACACACGCAUGGUUCAAUUCACCUACGGAAAAUUGAGUUCCAUUAUGUACUUUUUCUUCGUAAACGAUUCAGUACGGUCGCUGUGCACACCACAAGCAAGGAACUCGUGGUGCAAAAUUACAUCACCGACAUACCACCCACAAAUCCCUUUCAAUCAAAAAGCGCGCCACCUACCAUUGCAACUAAACAUCGCUCACAUAUUAUGAUAUUAUAAUCUUAAUAAAAAAAAAAAAAAGAGUGAAAGCAGAAUAUCUAUUUUUUUGUGUACAUAGCUCCCAUCGCAAACUCCUAGCGUAGUGGCCUUUGCUGGUAGGAUUAUCGAAGUAGUGAUCCACAGACUCUCUUGGGCCAACCGUAUUCAUCUGUCCAACUACGUGGUCAUUUCACUGGUUGUAAGCCAGAACACUUUCCCUGUUCUCAAGCAAGUGGACGAGGAGCUAAGGUCCUCCAAGGCACUUACUUGCUGCCCUUGCUUGAUUUUUUCGUUACUCUCUGGUAUUAUAUUCUGACAAGUUGUUUCGUGAACAGCAUAGCUAUUUUUGUGCGCACACAUAAUUCUUUUGCUAUGUAUUAAUUAGAAGAAAAUUAGUAUAACUCAUGAGGCUUAUUGCCAGACACCGGAUAUGGUUGAUUAUGAAAUUGCCAAGUCAAUAUUGGUGAGUCCAGUGAAUUUCUGGUGUGAGCGUGAAGAGGGCCCAAAGCAUUUUCCGAAAAGAUAUUUCUCUGUUGGAUGAGUUUUAUUAGAUCCAGCUUUCAAAGUCAUAUAGAAUCCGCAGUUAAAUAUAUAAGUAAAUUCUCAUGGGUUAAUUUCUACGACCGUUGGGCCCUGCUCCUAGAGAAUAUUUACUCAAAUAGACCCAUUAAAUAAUUGGUUUCUGAGGUUUGUGUCGAAUAAAAGUAUGACUAAUUUUGAUU